GUAUGGCUAGGCUCAGGCUAGGCUGCAAAGAACGUUCAAGAAGCCUAUCUGCCUACGACAACACCACCUUCGUCCCCUUUCUUUCUCUUAAUUUAAAAUGGCAGCAGUCGUCAGAGUGUACGGUUUAUGUGGUCAGCGCCUAGGUACAUGUUCAAAACAUAAACUAGUUGUUAAACAAUGUGUUCGAAAAUCCACGGGAUCUGCCAAAUCAUCGGCUACCGGUGAAAUGAAAGAACAAACAUGGAUUCAAUAUUUUUUUAGUUCUCAAUUCUGGGGUCCAGCUGCAAACUGGGGUAUACCAAUAGCUGCAAUGGCUGACAUGAAGCGUGACCCCACCAUCAUUAGCCCUAACAUGACUGCAGCAUUAUGUGUAUAUUCUUUAUUGUUCAUGCGUUUUUCGUUAAUGGUGAAGCCCCGAAACAUGCUGUUAUUUAGUUGUCAUUUUACUAACGAGUGUGCACAGCUUACACAAAUGGGACGUUGGGCAAACUAUCGUUUUUUUCACAAAGAUGUUGUACCAGCUCAUAUAGAAGAAGUAACACCAGUUAACUCAACCAGUACAGAUGUAUAAACAACUAUUUAUUGACUUGAGUUUAGGAAAGCCAUUUUCAAAUUCUAAUUACCGGGUAUUUACACAGUUAUUAUUAUUGAUGUUAUUAAUAUCAUAGAUAUAGAACAACACAAAUUUGUCCAUUAUCUGAACGAGCCAUGUUGCCUGAUGUUUGGUCAAGUUCUUAGGAUGAAUGAAAAUAUACCUGCAUACAGUGCAGAUUUCUUUGUGGUGGUUGUUGCAGCUUUAGUUGUUAAUUUUGCCAUUGUUUGAACUUUGAACUUAAAAUGAGAGCAUGAAAUAAGAUGAAUUCCAGUACAGUACUUGCAUGAUUUAGGGUUCACAGGAUGAGCAUGGAUGGAAGGACAAAUUUCUAAUAUGAUAAAGACACUAGUUUGUGCAAACAAGUUUUACAGAAAGUAUUUUAGCUCAUAUAAUAUUUAUGAUAAAUUUUUGGUUAAUGCCAGCAUUAUGAAUAACACCGCCUUAAUGAUGAAAAUGAUAUACAGUAUAAUAAUUGUAUAUCAUUUUAUCAUUAUAUUAAAAAAUGCUAUUGACUUUAUUUUAUGCCAUCUUAACAACUGGAAUAAAGAAACAGUUUCAAUUGUUUUGUAUUUAAACUAUGUAGGUAAACAGGUAUAUAUAGUAAACAGUUUAUAUUGUGGAUGGAUCUUAUUUAUCAUAUAGAGGCUGUACCAAGGUAAUCGUAAAAAUACAAAUAUUGUGUGGUUGUGGGUAGUAUAAGAAAGACGGUUGUGUAAGUGGUUAAGAAUUUUUUUUAUUAUUUAAGUUAUAUUUUUUUGCAGUAACUUAGCAACAAUAUAGUAGUUAAACUGAAUUUAUUUAUUUACAUUGUACAGCAUUAUUUUUUCAAACAUUGUAUGCUUUAGUAUAAAGCUGGACACCUGCUGC